UGACAAAAUCUGUAAUUAUUUAACAUGAACUUACUUUAUAAGUGUCGUACAUGAAGUACUUGCCUGCAAAGCAAUAUGGCCGCAUCGAGGGUCAGGGUAACGUGUAGGAUGCUUUCUCAUAAACUCGUCACACCACAAUUUUUACCUAAAAAAACUAUAUUCUAUAAAAGCCCAAUGACUAAAGUAACUUCUAGUUCAUAUUCAGCGAAUUUCAAGCGGUUUUUCUGCGAGAAUGCGGCUCUUGGUAAAAUGGAUGUGGAAAAGUUCCAUCUGAUUUAUACUUGUAAAGUUUGUAAUACAAGAUCAAAGAAAACCAUCUCAAAACAGGCUUAUACUAAGGGUGUUGUUAUUGUCAAGUGUCCGGGAUGUGAGAAUAAUCAUCUUAUUGCUGAUAAUCUUAGAUGGUUUUAUAAUGAAAAAAGAAACAUUGAAGACAUACUUGCAGAGAAAGGAGAAACAGUGAAAAAACAAGUCAGUGAUGAUUGUACAUCUGAAAUUUUACUCAACAAUGAAUCAAAACAAGAAUAAACUGAAUUCUGCUAUAAAUUCUUUCAUGCUCUAUAAUGCAAACGCUGCAACUGAGAACACGUUUACGAAGUUAACCUAUCAUAGCAUAGAAAGAAAGCAAAGCAUUCCAACUUUAGCCAAUCAGGAGCAAGCAAUGAAGAUUGAUUUGACAUCUGGCAAAAACUAAUAAGAACUAAUCUUUUUUAUGCAUUUCAGUUGCGCGAUGGACUGAAAAUCGGCCGCCAAAUAGACAGAGACGAACGGCGUCACUUUGCAUUUCUUACUGAAAUUUUGUUGAGUGAACUAUAAACAAAAAAUCGCACAAUCUUCUCGUACAAUUUGGAAUUAAUAGACACUCGUAAUGUUUUGAAAUUUCUUUAAUUGCACUC